UGGGCGAGUAAGGAUGCCAAAGUUGAGUGGCAUGCGCAACUGACACAGCGACCGACCGACCGACCGGGAACUAUCGGUCCCACGCUCAGCUCCGGCUCCGACACCUCGUCCACCUUCUUCCGCGGAUCGCCUCCGGGACAGGGACCCGUUAUCCGAGAACUACCUGGGUCCAGCGUCUCCACUACCUGUCUCUCAUUCUCUCUGUUUCAUCUCCCCUUUCUCCUCGCUUUCCCUUUUUCUUUCUCGCCUUCCUUUCUCUUAUUCUGUCUUCUCUCCCUCUCUCCACCCCAUCCCCUUUCUAUUUCUCUCAUUCUCGUCCUCGCAAUAUCUCUCUCUCUCUCUCUCUCUGUCAGCCUCUCUCACUUUCUUCCCGUCUCCGUCUGUCUCUAGCUCGCUCUCUCUGUUGCAAUCAGGUAAACCCUGGAGGCCGCUCACUCUGCCAGUCAGCCACACACUUGCAGUGCGAGCGUCCGAAGCGCUUACCCUUCUGCUCAGGGAUGGAGAACCAGCUGAGAGCCGUCCUGUUCCUCCUCUUCGUCCCCUCAGGACUCAGCGGGCAGGAGCUGCAGACGGACGCCGAGAGCCAGGCCACCCUCGGGGGCAACGUUCUGCUGCGCUGCGUGUUCACGGGCUCGGGCCAGCUGACGCAGGUAACCUGGGACAAGCUGACGGAUCUGGGCCCGCAGACAGUGGCAGUUCGCAGCACCGAGCACGGCACCAGCACACACCCGUUCUACGGGUCCCGGGCGCGCUUCGUCCAGGCGGACGUUCAGCCCGACGCCUCGCUCCUCAUCCAGGACGUGGUGCUCGCCGACGCCGGUCACUUCCGCUGCAAGGUCUUCACCUUCCCGGCCGGGAGCUUCGAGGGAGACACCUGGCUCACCGUCCUGGUUCCUCCUCAGGUGUGGGUGGUACAGGGACCGCGUACCCUGCUGGAGGGGGAGCGCCGUGCGCUGGCGGCGUCCUGUGUGGCCACGGGGAGUAAGCCGGGACCCGAGGUGCGGUGGGAAUCGCCAGUGGUGGGGGAGCAGGAACUGGUCAAGUCGGAGAAUGAGAAUGGCACGGUGACAGCCAGAGCUCAGUACUUCAUCCGGCCCGAGCGUGGGGUGAAGGGGAAGGAUCUGGUUUGUGUCGUCAAUCACUCCACCUUGUCUGAGCCCGUCCGCAUCCACUACACCCUCAACGUCUUCUAUGUUCCUGAAGUAAUGAUAAGAAAAUCCACAGAGAAUUGGCUUGUGGAUAUGGAAGGGAUGGAGUUAGAGUGUGAGGAAAAUGGGAAUCCUCCAGCCACAAACUUUGUAUGGAGAAGAGUGGGUGGUACCCUUCCCAACAACGUCACCAUGGAUGGGGACAGGCUCUUAUUCAACAGACGCCUCACCCUGGAAGAUUCUGGAACCUACAUCUGUGAAGUUUCCAAUGAGAUUGGCAGUCGGAGUGCCCAAGUUAAAAUAAGUGUCUCAGAGUCGAACGUGGCUGGGGUGAGCAUGCUGACCCUGGCCUUCGUGGCCAUUGGUGUGGUCGGCCUGGUCCUCGUGCUGAUCUUCAUCGGCGCAGUGUUCGCUGUGAACCGCUCACACCGCAAGAAAACAGAGCAAAUGGUCUUCAAACUGGAGGAGAUCUCCACCAUGUCUCGGCAGCCCUCCAUCCGCCGCUGUAACUCCAUGUCCGCCUCUGUGGAUGUCCGUAUGUUGGAGAACGGUGGGAGCCGGGACAUUGACCUGGAGCAGGAGCCCAUGAUAGAAGAGCAUUUACCACAACAGAGGAGCAGCUCGAGGGACCUGUUGUCGGGGCCAGUGGAGACCCACCUAGCACCUCUGCCCCUGGGCAACCAUCGUUACAGCCUGCGAUCGACAGCCAGUGAUACCCGGCCUCCAACUGUCUACCCCUUUGGGGCCUACAGGAACAGCCUGCCCAGUAGCCAGAGGUACAGUGUGAGGGAUUGGUCACUGGGUCCCAGUGAGAGGUCGGUCUCACCAGGAGACACACAAAACAGCAGCAUCCGUGACCUCAGGAACAACCAGGAGCAGGUGACUCCGUACUCUGCCCGGCCCCUGACUCCCUCUCCGUCAGACCCCGGCUCUCAGACAGAGGACGAGGAGGAUGUGGCAGACCACCAAAAGUCCAUCCACGCCGCCAUGGGUCAUUUCUACCCCCACAACGGGACGCUGCGGGCGAAGCCGUCUGGCAACACCAUCUACAUCGCCAGGAGAGAGCACUGCGUGUGAGGGCAAUGAGUCAGAUGUCCCACACAGGACAAGGACUCCACUGUGGGGACUGUACACAGCAGGCUGGGAAUCUGUCUGUACAGGACACAGACAGAGAUACACCAGACCGUAGAUACCACACCAGGGCUGUCCAGGAAACAAACAAUGGUACACUGGAUCAUAAAGAUUCUGCCAGCACUGUACAGGACAUGGAUGUGGAAUCACUGGACCAUAAACACCGUACUGGAAUUGUACAGAACAUGGACAUAGACAUACAGAACUGUAGAGACCCCGCGGGCACUUACUAAACGCACGCUAGUCUGUAUUGUCCCUGCUGGGAAUGUGGAGACCACACACACACAGACGUGGAGAGGUGGGAGAGGCUGGGCUUGUCUCCCCAGUAACACAGAAGGCUGAGCAGAGACGGUGGAGGGUGUAAAUUGGUGAGGGGUCUGUGCAGAGUAAAUAGGAAGGAGAGCAGGGGCAGAGGGGAGAGGAGGGAAGGUGGGGGGUCUGGGACUCGCUGCCUGAUGGGAAGAGGCAGAGAUCCCCUCCACAGUUACACAGAAGGGGAGGGCUUCACAACUGUAAGCUGUCCUAGACAGGGACUGAGUGGAGCGGGGCCUGUAACCCCACAGUGGCUCAGUGGAAACGCUCUCCUUGUGGCUUACCUCUGGUUAUUGGUGACAUUCACCACCACCUUUGGUUGAUUGAGGAGGAGGGUGAAGACCCCAAACCUGGCACAAGGUAUGGUCUACUGGACAGUGAACCCUGGCUUUCUGAAGCCUGGACCACCUACCUCAGGCACUUCAAAGUGCUGGAGAAUCCCACCAACACCGUCCCCACAGACCCCUCCCGAUCUACUGGGAGGAUCAUUGAACCAAUAGCAGUGAUCUCUCCCAGAAUGACACACCCAGCAUAGAGACCCCAGUUACACCCUGUCCCAUCGGACAAACAACGUAAUUUACAAGCCCAACACCGGACUCCUGUAAAACACUCAGCCUGUUCCCAGCUCUGUCACACCAUCUCCACUGACUCCUGCGAAUCUCUGGCCCAUGGCUGUUUCAAAUGUAGAGGGAAUGUUCGGGAUGGGACUGGGAACCUGGAGCUGUAGAUUGGAAACACACAGAGGUCCUGUGUGAGCUGUGGAUGGAGUUACCAGCUCACGUACUCUCUACCCCCCCCCCCCAACGUCCAGUCAUACACCCACUGUACCGUCCGUGCUCCUACACUGACCCCAGGACCCAUAAGACCAGAGGGGAAGGGUCAGCAUCAAUCCCCACCGACUGACCAACAGAGGCAAAAGGGGAAAAGAGUAAUCUUGGCAGAUUUCUGAGGUGUGGAAUUUGGGCUGGGCUGUGACUGAGCAGUGCGUGAGCAUUAGGUGGGAUACGGCCAUUCACCUCCACUGCAGGAAGAACGUAAAGCAAUCUACGGAAAGUGGCAGCACUUCUCUGUCAAGAACCCGUUCGCCAUGGGGUGACUGUAUGUGUCGUCACUGUGUGUGUGUGGGGGGGGGGGCGCGCUGGGUUCCGGUCUGUUCAAUCCUGUGA